AUGAUCUGGUCUGUUGACUUCGACGACGAGUCUGGAGGGGGCAUUGGAUUGGAAGAGCCCAAUCAUUACAAGUCACCAGAGUCGGCAACCAUCAUACCCAUGUUGCAUACCACGAUCAGUCGUGGCCAAACAUUUACCGUCAAUCCUGUUGCGUCAACAGAUGUCGUAAAGCUGCCCAACAAAAGAAACCAGAACACACCGCAGGGACCUGGUGCAACGUCCUGUCAGCAGUGUAGCUUUUUCCGACUGCUUACCUCUACAUGCUGCGGAAGUGACGGUUCAGUUGGUUGCCACGAUUCAGCUAAAAGUUCCUACGCCAAUAGAUAUGCACCACUUCCAGCAGGAUAUACUCCGAAUCAAUCGUUCAGAGACUCCAAUAGCAACACGAUUCCAGCGUGUCAGCCUCUUCUAAGAGGAACUAUCGUCCCUAGAGGCAUAACCUUUACGCAGCCCUUCACGAUCCCUGCUGGCAUGCCGCUCCGCGAAGGAAAAGGUCAGGAACCAUCAGCACGAUUCUUCCCCCAGCUCCAACAGGACUUGGAGGAGGCGGCGGCGGCGGUAGAUGCCCAUGGCCGUUGUGCCCACCAGGUCCUCCUCCCAUAUUCCUUCCCAGUCUCAGCAUCAGCUUCAGGCUGCCCAAACCCACUACCAUGCCAUGCGCUUAUCCCGCCGCCCCAUGCCCACCCGGCACCGGGCAUGGUCGAAUUGUGGUCUUCUUCCUGUUGAGUUCAAUGGCACGAUUUCACACAAUUGGCAUUUGAGUCUUCUGUUCAUGUUGUACAGAUCAGCUUGAAACAAACAAGACAUUAUCUGUCGCGGUGGAUCGUGAGUGAUUAGUGCGCAUGUGCGGAAAU